AUGAAUGCUCUCGCUCCCGCCGCUGGUCAUAUCCAGCAUGCCGCGACGUCAAGCUUCGUCCGCAUAGCCCGCCACCAGGCAUGGCGUCGCCACGCCAGGAGGGCGCAUGUGCGCUGGCUGGCCGAUGUCACCAAAGGCGCAAUUGCGAAGAGUCGAGGAAGCCUCGCGAUUGCAUCCCAGUCGCGCUUCAGUGAGAUUGGCGUGCAGCAGCUGAGCUCUCACGUCUUCAACCAGAUAUUCCCCGACGGCAACAAGCCCCCUCCCGAAGAGCUCGUCAAGCUGUCAAAGGACCACCUGAGACGGCACGACUUGCUCGGAAAGACCGCCGAUGACUCGGAUCCCAUCGCCUUUGACCUCCCCCCGCUGCAAGGCCGAACCCUCGACGAACACUUUCACAAGCUCGGAACAGACUGCGCAGAGCCGUACCUGACCCUUGCGAAGCAAUUCGUUCGCUCCAGCAUUCCGCCAAAACCUCGAAAAUGGGUACGGCGGAGCGGCUGGAUCAAGUAUUAUCCCGACGGUCGCACAGAGGCCGUCGACGCGCCGGAUGAGGAUAUGCUCUGCUUCGAUACCGAGACACUGUGGAAGGAGAGCCCCUUCUCCGUCAUGGCGUGCGCAGCUAGUCCCGAGGCCUGGUAUGCUUGGCUAUCUCCCUGGCUACUUGGCGAGUCCCAGAAUGACCGCCAACUGAUUCCCCUGGGCGACCCGACCAAGGAACGCAUCAUUGUUGGGCACAACGUUGGCUACGACAGAGCAAGAGUCUUGGAGGAGUACGACCUCAAGCAGUCCAGAAAUGCCUUUCUCGACACCAUGUCGCUCCACGUGGCAGUCAACGGCAUGUGCUCGCAACAGCGACCAACUUGGUUGAAACACAGAAAGAAUCGCGAGCUGCGAGAAAGAGUGGUCGCCCAGACACCGGACAAUGAGCUCGCCGAACUUUUGAGCAACAGGAGCAUGAACGAGGAAGAAGAGCUCUGGGUGGAACGAAGCUCCAUCAACUCGUUGCGGGAUGUCGCCAAGUUUCACCUCGACGUCUCCAUCGACAAGGCCAAGCGUGAUGAUUUUGGGCAACUGGACCGCGAGGGCGUCUUGGCUGAUCUUGAUUCGCUCAUGGACUACUGUGCUGCCGAUGUCUCCAUCACGCAUCGCAUCUAUCAGAUUGUCUUUCCCAACUUUCUCGACGUCUGCCCACACCCGGUCAGUUUCGCUGCACUCCGACACCUUUCCUCCGUCAUCCUCCCGGUCGACCGGACCUGGGACAUGUACAUUGCCAACGCAGAAGCAACUUACAACAAGCUCUCUGACGCCGUUCGAGAGAGGCUGGUUGGUCUCACCGCCAAGGCGCUCGAGUUGAAAGACGACCCAGAAAAAUGGGCGAGUGACCCUUGGAUGAAGCAACUCGACUGGUCUAGCCAGGAGGUGCGCAUGGUAAAGGGCAAGCGCAAGGACGAUCCGCCGAGGCCGGCGGCGCGGCAAAAGAUGCCUGGGAUGCCCACGUGGUAUAAAAACCUCUUCGCCAAGAACGACGCGCCCAUCGGCAUCACCGUGCGAACCCGCAUUGCGCCCUUGCUCCUGAAAAUGUCAUGGGACAACCAUCCCAUGUUUUGGUCUGACAAGUACGGCUGGACAUUCAGAGUACCGCGGGCCGAAUCGACCAAGUAUACACUGGCGCAGAUGACGGCGUGUGUUUUCGACGAAACAGAUGCUGCGUUGCGCGACGAUAGAGACCACGCUUACUUCAAGCUUCCUCACAAGGACGGGCCGGCUGCCCGGUGUGCCAAUCCCAUGGCAAAGGGCUAUCUGGCCUACUUUGAGAAGGGAACCCUGUCAUCCGCUGCUCGGGACCGCAUCAUGUCUCAGAUGGUUGUCUACGAGGACGACUUGCCCAAGCCCAAGCCCAAGAGAGGCCGGAAGAAGAAGACUGCAGCCGAGACCAAGGGGUUCAUUCUGCCACAGAUCAUCCCCAUGGGCACCAUCACCAGGAGAGCGGUGGAAAACACGUGGCUCACCGCAAGCAAUGCCAAGAAGAACCGCGUGGGCUCCGAGCUCAAGGCCAUGGUCAAGGCCCCGGAAGGCUACUGCUUUGUCGGCGCCGACGUCGAUUCGCAGGAACUGUGGAUUGCCAGCCUUGUGGGCGACGCGACCUUCAAACUCCACGGCGGCAAUGCCGUCGGUUUCAUGACUUUGGAGGGCACCAAGGCUGCCGGCACAGACCUGCACUCACGAACGGCGUCCAUCCUGGGCAUUUCCAGAAACGACGCCAAAGUCUUCAACUACGGGCGCAUUUACGGAGCGGGGCUCAAGUUUGCCGCAACGCUUCUUCGACAGUUCAACCCUGGGCUGUCGGAAAAGGAAACCAUGGAGACGGCGUCGAGGCUGUACGCCAACACCAAGGGGACCAAGACGGCGCGGCGGACCCUCUACAAGCGACCAUUCUGGCGCGGCGGAACAGAGUCAUUUGUGUUCAACAAGCUGGAGGAGUUUGCUGAGCAGGAAAGGCCCCGGACGCCGGUGCUGGGCGCCGGAAUCACCGAGGCGCUCAUGAGCCGCUUCAUCGGCAAGGGCGGGUACUUGACAUCGCGCAUCAAUUGGGCGAUCCAGUCGUCGGGCGUCGACUACCUCCACCUCCUGAUUGUGUCGAUGAACUAUCUCAUCCGGCGGUACAAGCUUGAAGCCCGACUGGCCAUUACGGUGCAUGACGAGAUCCGCUAUCUGGUCAAAGACGAAGACAAGUACAGGGCUGCGAUGGCUCUCCAAGUGGCCAACGUCUGGACACGAGCCAUGUUUGCACAGCAGGCGGGUAUCGACGACCUGCCCCAGUCUUGCGCCUAUUUCUCCGCCGUGGACAUUGACCACGUCCUGCGCAAAGAAGUCGAUAUGGAGUGCGUGACGCCGAGCCACACGACGCCGAUUGCCCCGGGCGAGAGCUUGGACAUUAAGACGCUGCUGGACAUGGGCCACGAGGCCAUGCUGGAUCCGGCAGUGGUGCCCGGUGCGAAAAAUGCGCCUCAGCUGGACGGCAUCGAAUACGUCCCCCGCAUGCCGGUGAUGCAGGCCAUGCAGGAAGCGUCGGGUGACAGCCUGGCCUUUAUCAAGGCCCAAGUGGCGAAUGACGACGAGUUGCGAGAGAUUGUCAAGGGCUUCAGAAAGGUCGAUGCCGCGGCGCCGCCAAAGGACAAGCGCAUGAGCAAGAAGGCGCUGAACAACGUGUUGCCGUAUCAUGCUCACCCACAGCUAAUGCCAAUAGGGGAGCCAAUGUCGGUGGCCGAGGCCUUGAAUUGGCGACGUCGCAAUGGACAAGAUGAGCGGGGCCAAUGGCCGUGGGAGCGAAACACGGGCAAAGGCACGCGGUCCACAUCGAGGGUGUGA